CACAGGGCCGAUCACGUGAUCAAUAUUUACGGAAGUGAGGUGGUCUUGACAGCUGCCGACGAAGUAGUAGUGAAUUGUAGUCAUUUUAGAUGUCAUGUGAUGUUAUUUUAAAGAUAGUUUAAUCCCUUGAACUACGUGGGUAUCAAUCGCUCACCGACGGCACUGGGGCUCUUUUCGCUCCCGUCUGUUAGCUGGUAAACUAGCAUGGAUCGCUGGCUACCCAACUGUUAGCUGACUCGGCUAACAUCGAGGUCGCGCAGCUGCCGACAGCACUGACCCGCGGCCCCUCUCCUGCGGACACAGUGGCCUCGUUGUCGGCCCGAGUGCGUGUGUUUUGGUCAUGUGAAGUGUCCGCGGACGGUCUAUUCUGGAUUGUUACGCUGCAGUUUUGCGGGAACGUCGACGAAAGCUAAGCGCUAGCUUGCUAGUCAGCCGCUAGCGCCAUGGGAGCCGAGCAGAGCGGAGAACCGGAGCACAAACACUCCGAUUACAGCUCGUCAGUGGUGCCGUCUCCAGCGAAGCAGAAGGCGAAGAUGGAUGACAUUGUGGUCGUGGCCCAGGGGACCCAGUCAAUGCGAAAUAUCCACAAUGACCCCGACGUAAUCAAGCUCCAAGAAAUACCCACUUUCCAGCCCCUUUUGAAAGGAGUGCUGAGUGGCCAGACGUCGCCCAGCAGCGUGUGUCUGGAAAGGCUGGACACCGCUCAGGUUCUGCAGCUCUGCAUCCGGUACCAGGACCAUCUGCACCAGUGUGCCGAGGCCGUGGCCUUCGACCAGAACGCCCUGGUCAAGAGGAUCAAAGAGAUGGACUUAUCCGUGGAAACCUUGUUCAGCAUAAUGCAGGAGCGCCAGAAACGCUACGCCAAGUACGCCGAGCAGAUCCAGAAGGUCAACGAGAUGUCCAUGAUCCUGAGACGCAUCCAGAUGGGAAUCGACCAGACGGUGCCCCUGAUGGAGCGCCUCAACAACAUGCUGCCCGAGAGCGAGCGGCUGGAGCCCUUCAGCAUGAGGCCCGAUGGGGAUUCUUCCACAAAGUAGCCUCCUGAAAGCCAACACGGCCGCUUCCAAGUCUCCGUACAAGUCUCCGUACAGUCCAGGAGGAAGUGCAGGUCUGUGCAGCUCUAGGAAUGUGAAGUCUUUACACGAGUAGACAAAGUCUUGAAGCAUUUUGCCGAACACACGUGCUCUUAAGAACAGCGUCCUACUUACCGUAAUACUUUCUAAACGGCAAACGCACAUUCACACCUGAAUUUAGCCUCCUGCUACUGGACCAGCAGUGGACAUGUGACUUCCUGCUUUCAACUGUUCCCCCGACUUCACAAGUCGAGGCCCUGGAGAUAAGUAUUUAUAUCUUCCCUGUCACGGGUUUCUUUCUUUCUUUCUUUGCUAAUUUAAAGGCAGGGGAGGAACAAUCACACAGAAUGAACUCCUGUGAUACGUGUUGCAGGUUUUACGGACUCAGACGUGUGUGUGUGUGUGUGUGUGUGUGUGUGUGUGUGUGUGUGUGUGUGUGUGUGUGUGUGUGUGUGUGUGUGUGUGUGUGUGUGUAUGUGUGUGUGUGUGUGAGCAACAUAAAUGUAUCUCAAAGUGCUUCGGGCAGCUCUUUCAAUUCUACCUUCCCCUGUAAAAACCUCAGCGCCACUCGGGAGCUCACACUGGAUUGUAUUUUUUGAAGCACGCACCUCACAUAAGGAAUAUUAGUUGUUAACCGUUCUGGCUUUCGUCUCACUCCCUCGUUAAAAUGCCACGUUCACCGGCUCGAAGGUCCUUUCCAGGAAUGGCUUUGUAUGCACGUUGACCGCUUUUUAAUUUUUUCCAAGCCGCACAUUUUGGGAACGUCGUGACGAAGAGACUCAGAGGAUACGAACAAAGGAGGAUUACUGCUUCUGGGUUUCACAAUGAGCACCAGAAGUAGAGUGAGGAACUUCUUCUCAUUAUUCUCAUGAACUCGUGAACUUCUUCGGGGGGGGGCGACGAGUUUUAAUUCCUUUGGAUUCUUGUGCUCGAGCAAGAGCACAAGAGUCAAGACUUUUUUCAUGCACAACACUGAAGAGAGGUUUAAAAAAAAUGAAGGACUAAUUAGACCGUGAUUCUUCAGACUUAGUGGAUUGCAACAGAAAAUGUCGUCACACAUCUCCAACAAUCCCGGCUUUCAGAUCAUUGUACCACAUUUCAGAAGUAACUUUUGCAUCCAAAGAGUCACAACUCCUCAAAGCUGUUAUAAAAACAUCAUAUCCCAGGUCUUUUUGAGUAUUGUCACAGAGGUAAUCUGUUGAAUAUUUGUUCAUUUAUCAUAAUUCAUGCUCUUUAAGCUUAGAGGGUCUCCUAAUAAAGGAAACACCCACUGGUCUCGAUCCAUACAAAUAGUUUUGGUUAAAAUUAUUAAAACAUCUGUCAUCUGUUGCCCUACAUCAUAACAAUAAACGCAUUGUACCAUUAUAAACUGUUGCCGCGGCAUGUUUCAGCAUUCUUUUUUGAGCCGUGCAUACAGUGACAAACAAUUGUACAGUUGACCCCAAAGAAAAUCAGCAACACCACCAGCAGGGGAAUUAAUAAUUCUAGCAAUUUGUUUAAUGUAAAAAUGAUAAAUAUUUUGUGGUUCCUACUUCUUAGGAUUUGCUGCCUGUUCUGGUCACGUGAUAGAAAUUACAUUUUGGGAGGUUUUGAGUGGUUAGUCCAACUUUUAUCAUUUUAUCUGCAGAUUUAUUGAUUUUGAAGAUAAUCAUCGCAGCCCUACGACGCUUGGAGGAAAAUGUUUUACGAUGAGAACCAGCAGCCAUGAGCUGUGACACAAAUGCAUAACAUUAUGUUUUAUAUAUGGCUAUUUUGAUAUUUGUAAUUUUUCUUUACUGUUUAAUAUGCUUGAAAACUAAAGCUGCAACAGUAACGGGGGGGGGAGAAUUCUGUGAUUUCAGCUAUUUUCUGGUUUCUUUGCUCCUCUGUGACAGUAAACUAAAUAUCUUUGGUGUGUGGACAAAAGAAAACAUCGUCUUGGGGUUUGGGAAACAGGCUUGACAUUUUUCACCACUUUAUGACAUUUUAUGGACCAAACAACCGAUAAUGAAAAAAAAAAUCGUUUGUUGCAGCCGUAUUGAAAACUCAACAUAAAACGUAGUUAAUGUAAAUGCA